UCCACGCGUAUUCGAUUUUAUUCACUCCGGGUUUACCAGUCGAGCUUAUCGGCAAAAAUUAAUAUUGACCAUUGAUAAAAACGCUUCGGAACAAAAAAAAAUCUUAUUCUGCUCAUUGUUUCCAGUUUGCAGUUUCCUGUCCGUCUUUGCGAUAUUGUCGUUAUUUUUUUAUGGCCACGUAGCGUUUUCUGAAUGAAAAUGUAGUCAUCUCUUUCCUUUCUUAUCCAUUUACGUUAGUGUACGCAAUACAUCGGAGGCUUAUUAUUAGCAUUACUCUGUGCGCGGCGAAUGCAAUAUAGAGAACACAUAUUUAAAUGCCCAUUCUCUGUUUGUGUAUCUCAAAUCGUGUAUCGUGGGCGCGUGGGAGGACCGCUCACUCCAGCCGCUCGUUUCCAGUUAGUCACCAGCGACUCGCUUCUUGCAGUAGUAGAAGUCUGGCAACGCCAAUAGUUGAAUCUUUUUCCUUUCUAUAAGCCUUUUACCACCAUUCCGCCUGCGACUGUAUAGGGUUGUGAAUUUUACGUUGCAGUUGCCUGUGCCUUUGCGCUGAUUAACUUAUAUCUGUAGCUGCUAGUUGUGUAAGCAUAAUUAGUACAUAGUGAUAUAGAACAACUUGUAUUUAAUAUUAGAUGGCAUUAACUAUAAACCGCUUUAAAAAAUGAAUUCAACUAUUCGAAAUAAAAAGUCUAUGUAACUCUUCUGAAUAGCUGUUUCGGUUCAAAUCAAUGUUUGCUCACCAAAUGUAGUUGUGUUCUUUGUUAAUUCGUAGUUCAUUGAAAAAUAAUAUCAGCCGUAGUUUUCCUAGUUGACUAUUAUUGUUCAUGGAGGUUCUGCUGUUGAGCCUGCUCGUCUUGCAAGCGCGCCACUGCCGCCGUUGCUGCUGCUAUUGUUACCGCCAUUUCGUUGACUCCGGUUGCUUCUGCUCCCUGCAGCAGUAGAAGCAUCGCGAUUACGAUCACCAUAAUCAAGUAGGCAGGUCGGUUCGCGUGCGCGACUUCGUCAUUGUCAUCGUCGGUCUGUGCACGCUCUUGUGCUCACAGUUGAUCGGUCUGGAAGCUGCUAGCCGCCAGCGCCGCUAGCUAUCAGGCGCCUGUAUAGACUCCGGAGGCUGGCUACCAUCGGUGAGUUCUAGUGGCUACAGGAUGGCCGUCGUGCUUGGUUGAGCGACGGUGAACUAAACGCCGGAUCGCUUGUGCUGCUGUGCAGAGUCGAACGGGGGAUUUCGCCCGUUGUGUGAAGGUGCGUUGUGGCACUGACUAUGUUGUUGUGCCACUGCUGUUGACUAGCAGAUGGUUGACGCUGGGCUGCUGUUUCAAUCAGCUGCUCAGAGUUUGCUGCUGCUGCCAGCGCUGCUCCUACCGCUAACACAGUCUGCUUCCGUAGUGAUGAUGGUGUCGCUGCUACGGGUGUUGUCGAUGAUGCUGCGAACGUCGUACAGUCAGACGGACUAUUGCUGCUUCCAUUAGGAAAAUAGACAAAGGCCCGUUGUCGUAGUUUGUGGUAUAACAACAGCUGGACCUGUCUCAUCAGAUAGUCGCAACGACGUUGCUGGCAGGGUCGACACAGUUAUCUCGUGUAAGUUUGUCUCAAUGUAGUCGCUGGUCUGUAAGCGCAAACCAACUCAGUGACGGCGGGUGGCAUACCUUAAGUAGUUAAUCAAUUAUUUAUGCGUUGAGAGGUUGAUCUCAUUUGGAAAGCUGGGUAGACGCCCCAUAAUCCUGCACAUUAAUGCGUAGAUCUGGUCUGUAGCCUGUGGCUGAUUUUUGGAGACAGGUUACGAUAUCUAGAAUAGUCUGUCCGGAAAUCAGUUCGGGGAGACGAGUUCGUGCCUAGCAGGUCUGUAUGUGUCUAACCGGCAGUGUCCAUCCACGAAGUCGGUCUCUAUCAUUUCCAGCGUUGAUUCUUAAAGUGGCUGUUACUACUAUUCUCCAUGUCAGCUCUGUAUCGAACUCUGAAUCAGUGUUAUAAACAUGUGUUGUUCUUUCUGUUGUUACGGCGACAAGCAUCUUAAACUAGUGGUACUGUCGAUGUUGUUCGUUCAGGUUGGAGUGCAGUAGAGUAACUGGGACGGAGAUAUGGACUGAGUGAGUACAGCGACUGUGCGCGGAGCGUGGAUAGAGUCGGAGAAAUGCCAGCCGGAGUAUCGAGUCGGCCAACGAAUGUACGCAGAGGCCACGUUGAGCUUUGAGUUAGCUGUAACUAGCGCACUACUGUGCCUUUAAUAAAGGCUGGUCCCAUCUUUAAAUGAAAGGGAACAUAUACAUGCGGCGAAGCAGUAGCGCUCUAUUGCUGUUUUGUUUCGUUAUGUAGUCAAUCGGUUCUGCAGUCGAUGCAGUGCCUCGUCCCCGGUGCGCGAUAGUUCAUUUCUGGCGACCUUAAUAGAGACGAGUGGUACACCAUGAAUCGUUCCGUGUGGCUUCGUUUGCAAUCUGUGGACGAUGGGUAGAAAAGCCUAGUUAUUACUGUACCGUGCUUCAGGAGAUUCGCGCAACGCUUUUCGACUGACGCUGACCUAAAAAGGUACCUUUUAAUCCUCGACUUGGGCAAAUAGUGCCAAUAGUACAGUGUAAGUAGCGGGCCCUGACACUUCCACAGGGAAGAGCCUAAGACGUCGAAGUGGCUGCACAAAGAGAUCAAUUAGCGAGACCCUACCCGUUCAAGGGAAGGAGUGCGAUACGAUGGCUCUACGCGAGGAAUUUUCUGGCCUGACAUCGGCUGCUCCCUUUCCACUUUUGGUCGGCGGCCCUUGCUCGUCAGUGUCCGUACCGCCUUUGCCACCCCUCGCUAUUCCACUGCACGUCCCAUUUGGGGGAACGCCCGCCUAUCAUUCGGGCAUGCCAAGAGAGAGCCCCCAGCAAAGCAGUCAUCGGCAGCAGCAUGAUGGACGUAUUGGAGGCUAUCGUGGAGGAAUGCAGCCAUUAUCAGCUCCUACAGCCGAUAUGGGUGUAUUAGAGGAGUUUCAGAAAAGGCGGAACUUGGAGCAGCUUGAGCUAGCCCGAUUAGCUAAAAGUGUGGCAUCGCAGCAAGGUCAUUCUGGACCUCUGGGCAGAGAGCAUCGUGACAGGGAACGUGUACUGAGCGCCCGUUUAAGAGACCGCAUCUAUGACUCGUACGUUGGCUAUUUAGGUUGGCUUCAAGAGCAGCAAGCGCUAGGCAGGGACGAAGAUAUGUGCUCUGGAGCAGUACCCGCGAAACAAAAAAGACAUCAACUUGAAGAACUCAUCACUGAUUAUGUCUGCCAGGUAAGUCAACGAGAAAAGUAUCACCUGGGUGUAAGCUUUGAGCUAAUUCUACGCCAAACAAUCGAGACAAAAAGCGCUGCCGGAUUUAAUUUCGACCCGCUGAGGACCGCUGAAGCGUUCCGAUGGCUAGAAAGAUAUGCCUGCAACCUUCUUGUCCAACCUUGGAGGGAGGAGUUUCGCAAGAUCAAAUUGUAUGGCGGCUUUUACAAACAUAAAAUCGAGCGGUAUCUGUGCCAGUCUGAAGCAGUUCUUGAGCUGUUAGGUUACGUUCGGCAGGGGAAUUGUAUGUUACUACCGGCGAAACCGCUUGAUCCGGAUGAUGUGACGUUCGUGGCGCUCGACUGCCUCAUAGCCAAUGUCGAGUGCAAAAUCCUACUGCUGCUUAAGAGCGGCGUGCGACACUUCGACUCGCGUUGGCUAGACAUCUACAACACGCGCUGCCAAUUGCACGGCGCUUCAAUUUCAGAAUGCGCCAUUGUACUGAACCACCAAUACGAACAAAAACUGCACUCGCAACGCGCUCUUGAAUCGAUGUAUAAAGAGAUGGAGAAUCUCGGCUAUGGAGCCGGCGCAAGGCUAGGCGAUCCCAGAGGCGAUCUCAAAGCCGAUCUCAGGAUACCAGACCUGAAAGAUUCUAGGGUAGACAAAAUUGUUGUAACAGCCCCGCUAGCCCCAUUACGAAAACCGUCACGGCAUCAAAUCAAAGGUGGACAGCUGACGACAUCAUCGAAGGUGGUUCCGAACGCUGAUGAAGAUGACGACCGAAGAUUUCGCAAUGAUCUGUUAGUUGAUGAAGGAUAUGCCCGAAGUCGAGGAAAUGGUAUGUACCGAGACGGCGUCAGUUUGUCCGGAGGAGAAGGAAGCAAACGAGUAACUCCCGGAGCUCCUCUGUCUCAUUCGAUGGGAUCUAAUGUUACUUCCCAGAUGGCUAUAGCUCCGCCUCAGAUAAGCAGCCAUCACCUGGCUAGAGAGAAGGCCGCACAACGAACUUCAGGGGGAAGCAGUAACAAUAGCUAUAAGUUGCAUGUACCCACGGAGCAGGGGAACUCGAGUGGAGUUCCGUUCGCAUUGCCAAAGCUCGGCCUUUCACCGACGCCUCCAUCGGGGACGAAUGGCGCGUCCAUAUCGUCACAGCAUUCAACACACGCAUCGACGUCGUCAACCCUGUCGAUUGGGGUAGGCACGAGCUCGCUGCGCGACGAUGACCGAGACCGCUCUGGCGGAACGUCGUCAAGAGAUUCGAGACAAACAGAUAGUCGAGACGGCCGAAAACGAGACAAAGAGAGUCGGGAACGAGACUUGUUAAUUGACCAUCGUGACGAGACCGAUAAAACCUUCUCGUCAAGUCAAAACGACGCCCAUGGUGCUUCAAUGAUAGACGAUGAUGCCUGGCCGUGCGCCGUGUGUACAUUUUUAAAUGAACCAUCGGCGAAAAUUUGCAUAAUGUGUUCGAAAUCACGUCAUCUUCACUCCAGACCUCCCGUUGGCGAACCACUUGUCUCUGGAGGCCGGGAAUGUCCGUCAUGUACGUUGAUUAAUCCGAAAUCCGCUCAACGUUGCGAAGCCUGCAACAAUUGCCUUCUCAACUCACCAACCUAUAUCUAACAACCAAUGGGACUAACAACGACUGUGUUACAGUCUUGUAAAAGAAGGGUUUGAGUGAUCUGUGCGAGACGCCUCCAGAAGGCUUGGACUCUGCUCGGAUUGCUUUAUUGUAUAGAAAACCAGUGAGGCUAAGCCAGAAAAUGGCUAAAGAGAACGGUGAUUUACGUAAAAAAUUUGGUUGGGUAGAAAGUGGGCACAGACUUCAUCUCAGAAAACGUGGAAAGUUAAUUUUUUGAACCUUAGAAUUUUCGGCAGCGAACUGUUUUGCUUUGGAAUUUUGAAAGUUCGGAAUGAAACUCUAGCGAGUAAAAAAAUAUUGUAUUCUACUGUAAUUAAAUUUGGCUACAACAAAGAUGACGCGUACCGUCCUGGGUAUGUAUAUUUACUAGAUACACAUUGGCGUAUAUGGCAAAGUAAGAGCUGCGAUUGCGGCUUACCGAAAUCUUUAACAACACACACCUAAUUGAAAGUAUAAUUUUUUUUUAAAUCAGUAAACAGGAAAAACAGUAAGAAAAAAUUCAUAGUGAUCGAUGCUACGUUAUCUUUUACACUUUUCGUAUGAUGUUAAAAUUGCUCACUUUUUUUUUUUGUCUCCCAUCUACAAGCAUCUGUUUUUUUAAUUAUCAAGUUUUUUCUUGACCCAGGUUGAGUUUAUAUUAUGGCCCAACUUGCGGCAGAUUUGAAGCAAUUUGUCUUGGAAGUUAUAAACCAUAAUUUACUAGAUCAGCGCCAGAGUGUUGACAAGAGUUAAGCAAUUGUACUGACUUUUAUGCAGCAUCCCGGAUGGAGAUCAUCUAAGUAAGGCACAUAUUUUACGUUUUUUUGCAUACGGUCUCUUCAGCUGCCAUAAAUACGACUCGCUCGGUAAGUAUAAAUACGCGUGCACACAUACAAGUCUAUCCAAACAUAUGUACCCUCAUAGCAAGAGGCAGUACGAUUAAAGUCGUAUGUUUAGCAAAGAUGGGAAAAACGCAAUCAUAUUUGCAAGCACGUUGUGGGACGUAGUUUUAAUGUGCAGCUCGAGCGAAACCAAAAGCAUCAGUUGUAUCUUGGAUCCAGUCCUGCGCCUUUCAGCGAGCGAUAGGAAAAAAUAUCACAUUUAUUACAAGUACACAAACAUUCAUUUUUAUAUAAAAAAGAAACGUUAUAAUAAUGGUUGUUAUAUAACGACCGUCUCAAACGACCCAAUCCUUGUUUGUGAUUCCUUCGACAGCUUUCUAUUAAUAAUAAUUUGUUUUAAAGAAGAUCUUAGUAAAGCAAGCACACACUAAUUUAUUGAUUAUGCGAUAACAUAAGCACACAUAAGUAAAUAACUGUUAGAAAGAAAAGCAGGUUGGACGUACCAACGAAAUCAAACCGAAAAAGAGAUUGUCCACUGUCCUUUGAGGUGGCCUUUCGACGAAAUGUCAAUGGUUUGUGGCGGCUGAAAAGAAACGAUACAGUCUUUACAUACUCACUAAUAUUCUCCACAAUGUCGACGUUUGAACAUAAUGAAGAAAGCCUACUCUGCUUUUAUUCGCCUGUAGUACUUCUGAAAAGAUAACUGCCUAGCAUUUGUUUUUUCUAUUUUCCUUGUUGCAGUAGACAGGCUAGGCCAAAAUGUGCUGCAGCGGCUGUGGCAGAUAUUUGUUUGUUCAUAUAUAACUAUACAAAUAUGUCUCUUUAUAAGCUCCUUAAAGUCGAAGCAUCCAUGACUGAUGGUACAAAUGAAGUAACUAAGUGACGAAGAAAAGUUACUGAAGACCCAACGAAAUGCGUUUACAUGACUAUGUUGCGAUAUUAACAAAUUCGAGAAUUGAUGCUUCCUUUCAAUCAAACAAAGGACAAUCAUCAUAUCAUAGCUGCUUUGACGCUGCUUCUACUUAGGGAGGUCGAAAUUGAACACGCUUAUUAUACACUGUCACAACGCACAAUUACAAGAGCACUUCUUAUCUGGCGACAUUGGGUCAGAUUGCCUAAUGGCGAGACGUUUUUUUUUGGCGCUGCUGAACAGCAAAAACGUUUUUUGUAGGCAUUUAAACAACCCACCUAUUUCCCUCUGUUUUUUUUGGUGCGUAAAAAUACGCUUAGUCUCCGCUGACGUUUAAAUGUACUCCGUUUUUGUAGGUCUAUUGCGUGCAUACUUGUUUUACUGAUUUAACACAACAGAUAUUUACAUCCACAUUUAUAUCAGCAUAUACAUAUACCCAUACUUUAUCAAGUGCUGCUAACUGCUAAGUUUGACGAACAAAAGAAUUAGCGUAAACUCUUGUUCUAUUUUUAUAUGUUGAUAGAGCAAUAGUCUCGACGAUACAUAUGAAGACAAUUAUAUCAAAUUAAUUCGAUGUUUCUUAUUACCAAAGCAAACGGUACAUCUAUUUUGGGCGUUCAAUGCAGGUUUUUCUUAGCUGCUUGGUUCUAUCCUCAGACAGCGAAAGAGAAGGAAAAGAAAGAAAACUGAAGGGUAAAGAAGGACGAAGAGGGUAGCAAAGUAUAGACUAGUAUCAAAAACUUAUGUUCCAUAUAAGUAAAAUAAAAAAUUAAGAUUUUUGCUCUCUGACAAAAGAAUUUAACAAAUUCAAUUGGAUCAGUUUGCGGUAACGCUAAAUCUGUAUCAAUUUAGUUAAAUCCAGGCCGUUUGGCUGUAGCAUAAGGAUGAGACCGACAAUUUUGAUGCCGAAUCUGCAUCAAUUUACGGAAAAACACGGAUGCAACAGAAGUACUAAAGUAAUUCCCAAAAAUAACAAGCGGAAAAUAAGAAAAGUCAAACUUGUUUUCUGCAUACAUUUUUUUUAGUCUUGUAUCUUCAGGCGAGCCAAGUUUUACCAACUUAAACUCAAGAUCGUCUAGCAAAUUUUUCUUAACGGCUUCCUCCGUUAAUGAUUAUUCAGUGAAGAAAAUUACAAUAAAUUUACGCUGUGAUUUCAGCUCUUUAAUCUAAUUUUUCUAAGCAGAAUUUUUGCUAAUAAUAAAAUCCGUCUUAAAGUUUCCUAAUAUCCCUAACUCGCUUAUGUGGCUUGUUAGUGGGACGUGAUCGAAUAAUAGACAAAGUGACGAAUAGGUAAUAAAGGGGAAGUGUCGAUGUCGAUAAUGUUUUACGGUGCGAACAAGAGUAAGCUGCUUUUCCAGUCGAAUCGUUUACUGGACAAACGACCCAGAGGGUGUGUUGUGUGACGAAAUCGCGUGUAUCAGAGUGCGCGGUUGUGCCGAAUACGUGAUGGUCUGUCUAUACUAAUAAAUACUAUAGGUACGACAAUAGAAAAGCAAAAUAUAGCAGGUACGUGGUGAUUAUCAUAUCGGGAGCUGGGUAAGACAAAAUGCCAUUUAGUGACGAUGAAGGCUCCUGGCAAUGAAUCGUAACUGAGCGGUACUGACUCACUGGUACUAGACAUAUGGAGAAAAGAAGGACAAGAACGAAAACUGCAAAGGAGCUUAUCAUAAAGUGGUAGCAGUCAGCGUGAAACACCGGUGCGUGCCUCUUAGGGAUGAUGAAUGUUGGAUAAAGUAGCCCAGAUGUCUACCGCGAAGGAGGAGAAUGAAAGGGGUGAAACAAGAUAGAAAAUAUAUUCGUAAUGUAUGGUGCAGUCGUUGUUAUAUAUAUAUAUAUAUAUAUAUAUAAGAUACUUCUGAAUAAAAACAUUGUGAUAAUGUUUGUUUAUCUUCAUUUUUACGCUGGAUUGUUAGCCGCCGAGAAUAGGAUGCUUGGAAAAUCCGUAAUUUUUGUCUCUACCUGGGAAGUACAAAAGCGCACUCGACAUCCACUGUAAACAAAGUUAACUGAAGUGGACACAAUAUAUAAUUAGCUUAAAAGGUUUUAAUUUACAGCGACUAAAUUUCAUAUGCAUAUGGUCUCGACGGUCUCCUAGAAAUAUAUCUUAAAUUUAAUAAUUUGCAUGAGAUUGAAUAUCAUCACCGGUUAAGUUGCCAUUAUGAUUUCAGAGAGGAACAACCAUUACGUUUCAAAUAUUUUUUAUAGGCAUGAAGAAAAUGCGAAAAUAGGCGCGUUAUUCAAAAGUCAGUCGACUAAAUCCAGUUCGACGUGGGAGCAAAUUCUAAUGUUAUAUGCUGAGGUACGUUCUAACCCUUUCAACAUCCGCAAAAAAAAAGACGUUAUAUUUCACAUAUUCCUUCGCAUAUGCUGAUUUUUAUGGAUUGCAGUAUAAGUUUUAUUGAAAGGACUUCUGGAAUUACUACGUGUAUUGUACUCGUUUCAUAGUAGCUCGUGAAAUAUACCAUGAAUACAGGGCAACAAUAAUUUUGGCUUAUUAUGUAAGUAUCAUUAUUGCGGAUUGAAACAGUCUUAUCUUGCUAUUUAGGUCUUUCUAUUUUAUAAUACUGUAAGUACAUUCUUGCUUUGCAUUAUUAUAUUAGAGCCCGAUGCAAAAAACAAGUAUCGUAUCAUUUGUUGCGUGCUAUUUAUAAGGAUUUGUGAUAGCCACGUGGUACAGGGUAAUGGUACUAUACACAGAUCAUAACCGAAGGAACAUAUUUAGGCGAUCUAGAACACUGUGUGUUUAACUGUGCAAUAUAAGGCAAAACUUGUUAGAAAAUGCAUUUUUUCCUCUAUGAGACCACGUUAUCUCUGGGCCUCAUUGUCCGAGAGAUUAUCUUUGGCUUGGUAUUGCUUUGUGGAUCUUUGAAUUCAAAACAAGCGAUUUUGAACAAGUUGUUGAUUCAAGUGAGUGUAAGCAUAAACUGAUACUCUGAAGCUAUAGUGACCACACGUGGUGAUAAAGAACCAUAUAGAAUGACUGAUGGGCACUUAAAAUUUUGAAACAGUAGAUAUAUAAUCCUGGUUGUCUGCAUGGUCGUCGGCAUAUAUGUGCUUACGUAACAGUCAUCGCAUGUGAUUAAAACUAUACACACAUUUUUAUGUAUACAGUGUUUUUAUAGAUAUCGUACAGAGAAUAUUUAAUAAGGUUUGUUUGAAUAGUCAUAUUAAGACUUCACUAUAAACAAAGUAGAAAUAAGCACCAUUAAAUUAAUUUAAUCGAUAAGCAUGCUUUUUGCUAGAUGUUUGUGAUUGACAGAAUUGUAGAACAUUUAUUCCCCCCAUGCAUACUAGAUGCUUCAAAAAAAGUAAAGCAACGGAAUGUCCAUAAAUGUUAAUGUUAAUCAGGUGUUUAAAAUAAGCUGAUAACACAAAGCAUGCGAUAUGCGAUAGAUGUGAAGCCCGAUGUUGUUUCGACGUUUACCUAGGCAAACAACGUUAGCAUUAUUUGAGUUCGCUAAUUUGCUGAAAAUGUAAUUCACAUUGUGCGAGAACAUUUUAGAUGUUCAUUAAUCAUAGCGAAUAAUAUUUCAGCAUCUUCCUAUAGGUUGAAUGAGACUUUCCGUAAAAUUAAUGCCUUUAAAGACUUCUAGCUGAGUUCCAAGUGCAAAGAAUGACCAAAAAAAUACUCUUGCUUUGGCCGCUAAAGGUAGAUUGGUAGAGUAUCUGUUGCUGAAUUUGCCUUAUGGCUAAACUGGAUUUGAGUGCAAGAUACCGAUUGGGUGCUGAAAUGUUUUCCGCUGUAGACUAAAUGGUGAUCAGAUUACCAGACCGAAAAAUUUAUCAAGAUGUAUGUUAUUGUCUAUAUGUGAGUUCAGUUUCGAAAGUAGAAGGAGAUAGAUUCACGGAUGAAAGAUAUCACGUGUCAUGUUCUAGCUAAUGCACCCUAAUAGUAGUUUGUAUCAGUCGCUGAUAUAGAAUAGAGACUUGAGGUAAAUUAAGCAUGUAAAUAUUUCUACAUAUAAUACAUAACAAUAAAAAAGCUAUCAAAUUUG